GGUCUGAGACCGGGGGAGAGGGGAGAGGAGUGAGGAUUUUUCUGUAGGAAGCGCGGUCCUGGGACUCCUCUCACCUGCGGGAUGCAGAGGUACCUGCAACUAGGGUAGUAUCCCAGACCAAGGAGAAGCGGGCUAACGAAAGAGGCAGGGUGCCGGGUCUGGCCUUGCCAGUCCAGCUGGAGACCCGCGUCGCGAAGGCCCCCUACCGCUCCGGCUGCCGCCCACCCUCCCCGCCCAGAUCCGCGGAGUACACUCUUGGGUCUUUAAGAGGCGGGAUCUGCUCUCAACGCUCCUGAUUGCGUCAUUAUCGUGCGCCUGGGCCUUGGUCUCCACGUGGGUUCAGUAGAGAAACCGGGGACUGGGGAUCAUGGCGGGAGCCGAGACUGGGGACGCGGCAGGAGCUGAGGCCCCGCAGCCCCAGAAGCGCUACUAUCGGCAACGUGCUCACUCCAACCCCAUGGCUGACCACACGCUGCGCUACCCUGUGAAGCCUGAAGAGAUGGACUGGUCUGAGCUAUACCCAGAGUUCUUCGCUCCACUGACUCAAAAUAAGAGCCACGAUGACCCAAAGGAUAAGAAAGAAAAGAGAGCUCAGGCCCAAGUGGAGUUUGCAGACAUAGGCUGUGGCUAUGGUGGCCUGUUAGUGGAACUGUCACCGUUGUUCCCAGACACACUGAUUCUGGGUCUGGAGAUCCGGGUGAAAGUCUCAGACUAUGUACAAGACCGGAUUCGGGCCCUUCGAGCAGCUCCUGGAGGUGGCUUCCAGAACAUCGCCUGUCUCCGUAGCAAUGCCAUGAAACACCUUCCUAACUUCUUCCGCAAGGGCCAGCUGACAAAGAUGUUCUUCCUCUUCCCUGACCCACAUUUCAAGCGGACGAAGCACAAGUGGCGAAUCAUCAGUCCCACGCUGCUGGCAGAAUAUGCCUACGUGCUUAGAGUUGGGGGGCUGGUAUACACCAUAACUGAUGUGCUGGAGCUACAUGACUGGAUGUGCACCCAUUUUGAAAGGCACCCCCUGUUUGAGCGUGUGCCCCUGGAGGAACUGAGUGAAGACCCCAUUGUGGGACAUCUGGGCACCUCAACCGAGGAGGGCAAGAAAGUCUUACGCAACGGAGGCAAGAAUUUCCCAGCCAUCUUCCGAAGAAUACAGGAUCCCACCCUCCAGGCAGUGGCCCCCAAUCCCACCCCCCUGGGCCACUGACGGCCUGCCUUGCCUUAGCUUGACCCCAGGACCUUCCCAGCUGAGACUGCUAGGGCCGAGAGGCGACAGUCUUUCAAAGAAGUUGGGGAACUGCCCAGGCCAGAAGCCUGGGAUUCACAACUGACCUCUCAUCUUCUUGCCCGUCUACCACCAGCAGAAAGCAAAAGAAGCUAACUGGGAAGGUCAAAAGAUCUUGGACCAGAAGGGAUGUUUGGAAGGGUGUGGGGUCUUGCUCUUCCUUAGCACUUCCUUCUCCUUCUGGGAUCUCCUUCUCAGCUGGAGUGAGGAAUACAAUUCUCCACUCUCCAUCUAAACUGCUUGCUAGACUCAAA